AUGUCGGACGACGUUGCCAGCCCUUACGAAGAUACGAAGGCCUACGACACGGCUGGUGCUGGAGGCAGAGACGAGUCUGUCGGCCUUGACGUUAGCCUUACGCAGGAAGGACAAGAGGUCUUGAUUCCUAAGGUGAUCGGAACGGCACCAGAAGAUGAAGAGCUUACUCCGAGAGCGUCGAAUCUGGAUCCUACAAAUCACCAGCUGCUCCAUGUACACAGCUGCGAAUACAGCAGCGACCACGCCAGCAUAUCCAUCGCUGACACACAACAGGAAGGCCCUCGUUCAGCGGACAACGUUGUAUCCAACCUUGGUGAUGAAUCAGCUGCUCUCCCUAUCACAGGACCAUCCGCAUCACCAACAGAAUGCACAGGAGUUGAAGCAGCAGCUUCAGAUGAAACUGGAUCGGCAGACUCAGGCCGGUCAGACUCCACUUCUGAGGGCUCCAGCAGCGACGGCGCAAGCAUCGAUAAAGCAGAAUCUAACAGUUCAACAGUGAAACCCCUAGAGGGACUCCCAGACUCAGGAUGUUCAAACUCAGAUUCGAACUCCAAGACUGACUCCGACAAUGAUGAGGCGGAUUCUGAAGAUACCACGCCCAGAGACGUGGUUGCCUUGCCUGUUCCUGCCCUGUCCGAUGAAGCUGUGUGUAACACUGCGACGCUAACGGUGCCAGACUUCCAUUUCGAUAACUCCGACUCCGAGCUUCUCUCCGGGGUCAAACUCAGCGAGGACAAGGUGGUGAACAAAGAUACCGUGUCCGAUGAUGCGGCCACCCUACCCACUUCCGCCCCGCCCGAUGGAUUUGUAGAUGAACCCGCAUUGUCAAUGCGAUCAGAUACCUCAUCUAGUAUUUCUGAGUCUGGGUCUGAGACCAAAACCGACUCUGCAAAAGAAGAAAUAGAUCCUGAGGGUUCCAUUUCUGAUAGCGCGGCCGUUCUGCCCGCUCCCAAAGCAUUCGAUGCAGCAACAGGCAAACAACGAAGUUCAUCAUCCUCAGAGUCCUCUCCUGAUGACUCCGACUCCGACUCCGACACCGAGCCCAGGUUAAAAAAAGCGAAGUCCGGCUCCAAAGCCGCCACACACCCCAGAGCCGCCUCUCCACCCUCUUUCAAUCCCAACGAGGAAGUGAAAAGCCUCAAGAAUAAAGGGCUUUCUUAUACUAAGGACAACCAUGACUGGUUCUGCGACUUCCCAGCCGCCUACUGGGUCGGCUCCAUCCGCGCCGGAGAAUCAUAUGAACGAGGAGACACCAGAGACAAAAACGAGCGUCCGUGGCCUAUGCUGCGUAUGAUCCAGCGUCUGGAUCCGAAACCGGACAAGGCGGGGCGAGACCUCAUAACACAUAUAGAACGCCGAGAAUCUCUCGCGGGGCCGAGCCGACCGCGAAGCCGGCUUGAUGUAAUUAAAGGACCGGAGGAUUUGAAAGCUGAGGCCGAGGCCGAGGCUGCGGCUAAGGCUGCGGCUGUGGCUCAGUUGAAGGCGGCUAAGACGAUGAGACGAGGCAGCGCACCUGCUGUGCCCGAGAGAGGACCGCCGCUUGAUCAGAGCCUGCUCAAGGACUUUGACGGCUUCGGCGCAUCUGCGAGUAAGGACAAUGGCGCAGAAAUCAAGGGUCCACGCCCUGUACGGCCUGCAUCGGGGCGGCAUCGCCCGGUCACAUGGCAUGGAGGCCUACCGAGCGAGUCGAGAUUCGAGAUAAGCCCCCCGGGACACGGAAACAACUCGAGUCCGCAGGAUAUCGGUGUAACAAUGGUUCCCUCAGCGGCCGUGACGGUUGACACUGUGCCUGAGUGGCAGGAGCUGUGGCCAGAUAGACACGAAAGGCUGACACCUAGCAAGACCCCCAGAUCACCGCAGGACGAGAUCAACUCUCUAGAACGCGAAAAGAUACGUGCCUUUGAGAAGUUCCGAGAUGCUGGACAGCUUCCUGAGCACUCAAGUCUGCGAAAGUGGGCUGAUCCCGCGGUGCGGCUUCCCGUAGAACGAGAGUGGCGGAUGGAGCUGGAGAGGAAGCUGGAAUGGGAGCUCCAUAAGUGUCGCAAAGAACGAAAGUGGCGGAUGAAGCUGGAAUGGGAACUUCAUAAUUGUCGCAAAGCUCUGGCGGAUACGGUACAGGAGCUCAAUGGGAAGACCGAAGCUCACAAGGAAGCGAAUGAGCGCAUUGCUGAGUUGAAGAGACGGAUCAAGGACCUUGAGGAAAAGUUAAGGACCGCCGAAAAUCCACCCAAAACCGAACUUGCCGAGCGGAUAGACCGCCUGGCGUCAAGCAUCUUAUUGUGGUUCGACUUAAACCACAUGGUGAACGAUCCUGAGGGGAGAAUGCCGACAAAAUCUGAAGUCAAAGACUCCCUAGCCUCCAGCUGUACUCUCUCCGACUUCUGCCAGAGCCUUUUGGUCACAGGUGUCAACUUCGAGAUCCAUGAGCUGGCCGAAGAGCUGAGGGAUGGAAAUAUCUCGACCGCCCCCGAACUAGAAGCUUUGUUCACUGCAGGAGGUAAGAGCCCACAGGAGCAGGUAAGUGAUCUGGAAGCGCAGCGUGAGAUCAGCCAAAACCGGAUAGCAGAGCUCGAACACGAAGUGAAGAAGAUCCGAGAGACCGUGGAAGAACUGACCAAUAGCGACGUUGAGCAUAAGAAGCUCCUGGAAUUCAAGCAGGCCGAGGUCGAGUAUGCCAAGAAAGAACAAACGAAGCGAACCGCCGCAUUCGAAAUUCGGGAAGGGGCGCUUCUGCAGCAAGUUCAGCGGCUCAAGGAGAAGCACGAUAGCCUCGCUCGCGAGAACGAGGCCGCCGCGGAGCUGAAGAGAGACUUCACGCUACUAGAGCAGGAUCUCCGCCGCUGUGAGAGUCUCCGUGCGCAACCCAGUGCCAACCCCGCGGGAGGCUCGGAAGACGUCCGAGCGCUCAGCGAGAAAUGCAUCAACCUAGAGGCGCAACUCCAGGAGGCGCAGAGUGAGCUCGAAGAAGCGCAGAUCAAGAUGCUCGACGCUCUAGCAGAGCGCGACGACGCGACGGCGAAGUGGGAAUCCUUCACGGGCAGCGAAGAAGCGGUACAGCUUGGAGAGAUGUACUUGGAGAUUGAGCAGCUCCGGCGGUCCCUUGCAUACACGCAGCAGUGGUUGGAGUAUGCGCGCGAGAUCAACCGCGACUUCCAUGGUCAAAUCGAGGACCUGCGAGUCGAGCGUGGGCUGCUUCUGACGCGCAUCUCUGGAAGCACUCAAGAAGAGAGAGUAGAUGAAGGGACUCAAGGCAUCUUCACUCCCUCUGGGCGUUUCGUUAGGCCCAGGACUAAGAAGGAGAUGGUAUAUGAAAGGAUGCGGGAAGAGAGAGUAGCUGAGACAAUGGCCAGACUGCUAGAGUGGCAGGACAAGGAUUACGACAGGGAAGUGAGAUGGCGUAGGAUGUUCGGUGAUGAAAUGGAGCCUAGUCCCGCUUCUCCGCAGGAAGAAUCUCUCCGGCUAGACCUGCUCCUGCAGAAUUGGCGGCGUUGCGUGGCUAUGGGCGGUCUCCUAGCCCGUCGUCAGUCCGUUCGCAAUCUUUACAAUCUAGGGGUAGGUCUCUGGAACGACGUCCUUAUGUAG